GGUAUGUGUGUAAAAUGUAAUGCAAGUAAAUAUAAAAAUAAUCACAAAACUCAAAAUAAAUUCAUGAAUUGUAAUUAAUGUCAGUGAUUCAACAGAUUUUAAAAAUGAAGUUGACCUUAAAAUCUAUCCCUCCAUCAGGGAAAACACAUUCAGCGACUGUUCUGUUCUUUCACGGCUCAGGCGACACUGGUCCUAACUUGAUUGAAUGGGUACGUUUUCUGCUGGGAAAAGACCUUCAAUCUCCUCACAUCAAGUUCGUUUAUCCAACAGCACCUCUGCAACCUUACACUCCAUUAGAUGGAGAGAAAUCGCACGUCUGGUUUGAUAGAAAAUCGAUUUCAAUCGAUGCACUGGAGAGUAGAAAAUCACUAGCAUCCAGUUACGAAUUGGUGAACGAUUUGAUCGAAGCCGAACUAAAUAAUGGAAUUCCAAUCAAUCGUAUUGUGGUUGGUGGAUUUUCAAUGGGUGGUGCUCUUGCUCUUCACACUGGGUACCAUGUAAACACAGAUGUAGGCGGAGUGUUCGCAUGUUCGGCAUUUCUCAACAGAGACUCCAUAGUGUAUGAAUCGUUAAAGAAUAAACCUCACGGCAAGCUUCCUGAACUGCUCAUGUUCCACGGCGAUAGGGAUACGCUUGUACGACCCGAGUGGGGAUCAACAACGUUUAACAAAUUGCAAGAAAUGGGAGUAGAAGGCGAGUUCGUUUCAGUCAAGAACACAUUGCACGAAUUGAAAGUUAAAGAAUUGGUUCAAAUACAGGAAUGGCUGGCGAAGAUAUUACCACCGAUAGAGAGCGAUGUUAGUAAUAAAUUAUGAGAAGUUUGAGUUGUGUUAGACGUUUUUUGGGAACAAGAAAGUUCUUUUUG